UUCAGCAACAUGGAUCACUGUGAGGUCAGAGAGGAGGGAGUCCCUCCCUCUAAAACCACUAUGUGUGGGGAACAUGGGAGCCAGACCAAAGCUCAGAGAGUGGACCAGGAGAGCUCAGAGGUUCCCAGUGAUCAGUCUGCCCAGCAGAGUCAGACACACCUGGACUCCAUAAUUACGCUGCUGGAGGACAACAUCAUCACUUUUGUGAAGAAUGAGGUGAAUAUGAUUCACAAAGUUCUGAGCCAAGAUUACCCAACAUAUUUUGAGAGUGAGAGGGAGGAAGAGGAGGGGUUGGAGGAUGAGGAUGAAGAGCAGAGGUGGAGAAGCAGAGAGGCAUUUGUGACGAUCGCACUGAACUUACUGAGGAGAAUGAAGAAGGAGAAGUUGGCUGACAGUUUGCAGAACAAAUAUCUUGCAUCAGUUUGUCAACGCAAACUUAAAUCUAAUGUGAAGAAGAAGUUCCAGUGUGUUUUAGAGGGGACUGCUAGAGUAGAAAACCCAACCCUUCUGAAUCAGAUCUACACAGAGCUCUACAUCACAGAGGGAAGAACUGCAGAGGUCAAUGAUGAACAUGAGGUCAGACAGAUCGAAACAGCAUCCAGGAAACAGUACAGACAGGAAACAAGAAUCAGAAAAGAAGAUAUAUUCAAAGCCUCACCUGGAAGAGAUAAACCAAUCAGAACAGUGCUGACAAAGGGAGUGGCUGGCAUUGGGAAAACAGUCUUAACACAAAAGUUCAGUCUUGGCUGGGCAGAAAACAGAGCCAAUGAAGACAUCCACUUCACAUUUCCAUUCACUUUCAGAGAGCUGAAUAUGUUGAAAGAGGAAAAGUUCAGCUUGGUGAAACUUGUUCAUCACUUUUUUACUGAAACCAAAGAAGCAGGAAUCUGUAGCUUUGAAGACUUCCAAGUUGUGUUCAUCUUUGAUGGUCUGGAUGAGUGUCGACUUCCUCUGGACUUCCACAAAACUACAAUCCUAACUGAUACUAGAAAGUCCACCUCAGUGGAUGUGCUGCUGACAAACCUCAUCAGGGGGAACCUUCUUUCCUCUGCUCACCUCUGGAUAACCACACGACCUGCAGCAGCCAAUCAGAUCCCUCCUGAAUAUGUUGACUCUGUGACAGAGAUCCGAGGGUUCACUGACCAUCAGAUGAAGAAAUACUUUAGGAAGACAUUCAAAGAAAAAAAGCAGGCCAGCAGGAUCGUCUCCCACAUCAAGGCAUCACGAAGCCUCCACAUCAUGUGUCACAUCCCAGUCUUCUGCUGGAUCACUGCUACAGUUCUGGAGGAUGUGCUGAAAACCAGACCGGGAGGCAAGCUUCCCACAACCCCGACUGAGAUGUACAUCCACUUCCUCGUGGCUCAGGCCAAAGUGAAGAAGGUCAAGUAUGAUGGAGGAGCUGAGACAGAUCCACACUGGAGUCCAGAGAGCAGGAAGAUGAUUGAGUCUCUGGGAAAACUGGCUUUUGAUCAACUGCAGGAAGGAAACCUGAUCUUCUAUGAAUCAGACCUGACAGAGUGUGGCAUCGAUAUCAGAGCAGCCUCAGUGUACUCAGGAGUGUUCACACAGAUCUUUAAAGAGGAGAGAGGACUGUACCAGGACAAGGUGUUCUGCUUCAUCCAUCUGAGUGUUCAGGAGUUUCUGGCUGCUCUUCAUGUCCAUCUGACCUUCAUAAAGUCUGGGGUAAAUCUGCUGGAAGGACAACAGAAGACCUCUAUAUGGUCUAAAUUUGCUGUGGACAAGGCCUUACAGAGCCCAAAUGGACACCUGGACUUGUUCCUCCGCUUCCUUCUUGGUCUUUCACUGCAAACCAAUCAGACUCUAUUACGAGGUCUACUGACACAGACAGGAAGUAGCUCACAUUCUCAUCAGAAAACUGUCCAGUACAUCAAGGAGAAGCUCAGUGAGGCUCUGUCUGCAGAGAAAAACAUCAAUCUUUUUCACUGUCUGAAUGAACUGAAUGAUCAUUCUCUAGUGGAUGAGAUCCCACGGUACAUGAGUUCAGGAAGUCUUUCCACAGAUAAACUGUCUCCUGCUCAGUGGUCAGCUCUGGUCUUCAUCUUACUGUCAUCAGGAAAAGAUCUGGAUGUGUUUGACCUGAAGAAAUACUCAGCUUCAGAGGAGGCUCUUCUGAGGUUGCUACCAGUAAUCAAAGCCUCCAACAAAAUCGUAAUGAGUCUCUGUAACCUCUCAGAGAGAAGCUGUGAAGCUCUGUCCUCAGUUCUCAGCUCCCAGUCUUCUAGUAUCAGAGAGCUGGACUUGAGUAACAGCGAUCUCCAGAAUUCAGGAGUAAAGCUUCUAUCUGCUGGACUGAAAAAUCCACACUGUACACUGGAAACUCUCAGUGUGUCAGGCUGUCUGAUCACAGAGCAAGGCUGCAGUUAUUUGGCUUCAGCUCUGAGCUCCAAUCCCUCCUGUUUGAGAGAGCUGGACCUGAGCUACAAUCAUCCAAGAGGCUCAGGAAUGAAACUGCUGUUGGCUGGACUGAAAGAUCCAAGUUGGAGACUGGACACUCUCAGGAUGGAGCCUGCUGGAGUCCAAUGGUUGAAACCAGGUCUGAGGAAGUAUUCCUGUCAACUCACAAUCGACACAAACACAGUGAACACAAACCUCAAACUGUCUGACAACAACAGGAAGGUGACACGUGUGACAGAGGAGCAGUCAUAUCCUGAUCAUCCACACAGAUUUGACUAUGAGCCUCAGCUGCUGUGUAGAAAUGGUCUGACUGGUCGCUGUUACUGGGAGGUCGAGUGGAGAGGAGAGGUUCAAAUAUCAGUGAGUUACAGAGGAAUCAGAAGAAAAGGAUACAGUGAUGACUGUUUGUUUGGAUACAACGAGCAGUCAUGGAGUCUGUACUGCACUGAUGAUGGUCCUCGUUCUGUAUGGCACAAUAACAGAAACACGCUCAUCUCCUCCUCCUCCUCCUCUAACAGAGUAGCAGUGUAUGUGGACUGUCCUGCUGGCACUCUGUCCUUCUACAGAGUCUCCUCUGACACUCUGAUCCACCUUCACACCUUCAACACCACAUUCACUGAAACUCUUCAUCCUGGAUUUUUUGUCUGGUCUGGUUCCUCAGUGUGUCUGUGCUGA